CUUGCUGGUGUUGGUCGUCAAUCCCCUUAGCUUUUAACCAUCUCGUAACCUUGUUGUGCGUAUCUGCCGCCUGCGAGUUUGACAACCGACCUGUUCCUCGUCGUUCCUUUGGGCAUUUGUUCCCUACCACGCUCCUUUCUUGCUACACCACCAAUUGAAGACAGCGAGCCAGCUGCACCCGACCAACUUUUAAUAAUCGUAAUCCGUCAAUUGGAAGCUUGAGUGCUCCCUUCCAAACUCAACCUGCUUCCACCUCGAUCAGUAUUUGAACACGAUUUCGGCCUCUACUCUCAAGUAUCCUGCUUCAAUCCGUCCGUCAGCCUCGUAUGUACCGUACCGCCUUUUCUGAUCUCGCCCUUCACGUCCUGCUCUAUUUGAACUAAGCCGCCACAGCCUCUGUCUAAGCCAUACAACGCGCAUUGGUUAUCACUGCUAGCUUCAUAAUUCCAUAUCAUCCUGCUAUCAGACCUGAUUCUCACACCUAAUUGUAUAUUUUGACCGCUAAGCCAAAUGCCGCGCAAACUUGCGAUCCCCUUCAGUGGCUCGGCUGCCAUGCCUCAGUCAGAACGCACUGCUGAGAGGCGACCCUCUCAAUCUAAGGGCAACCGUCUCAGUCAAUUCUUCUCUUCGCCCAAGAAUAGGGAGCAACCUGCUGCCCAGCAAGCCCUCAUGGCUAUGCAGAACAACCCGACACCUACCACUACUUCAACCCUUGCUCUGCCGAGCAUCUUGCUCUCUUCUGCUGCGGUCCAUGAACACAAUAACGACGAAUCUGCCACUAUCUAUGAACCUCUUGACUCAACAGAGACCUCGCUCCAACGCCGCCGUGAUGCUCAAUUCGGUCCCCAGGUUGACCCUGCUCACAGUUAUGUCAGCAUGCAUCAUGGAGAGCCCUUGGAGGCACCCGUCAUCGAUGAGCCGCCUUAUUAUUAUGUUCUCACAACCUACAUUAGCUAUCUUUUACUUCUUGCUCUCGGCCACGUGAGGGAUUACUUCGGCAAGCGCUUCAGCAAGAAGCCAUUAUACAAGACCCUGAAGGCUUCUAACGGCUACGCCCCUUUAAAUUCCGACUUUGACAGCUUCUACACAAGACGUUUGAAGCUCCGCAUUGAUGACACUUUUGCAAGGACGACAACCGGAGUGCCUGGCCGUUACAUCAACCUUCUCGACCGCGUUUCUGACAAUUUUAACGAAUCUUACAAGUAUCUAGGCACGACCACUGAAACCCUGAACAUGAGCUCUUACAAUUACCUGGGAUUCGCUCAAUCCGAAGGCCCCUGCGCGAACGCAGUUGAAGACUGUGUGCAGAAACAUGGGCUGAGUUUCUGUAGCUCUCGUGCUGAUGCCGGUACUUCGGAGUUCGUGUGUGAGGUAGAACAAGCGGUAGCCGAGUUCGUUGGUAAACCCGAUGCAAUGGUGUUUUCUAUGGGAUUUGUCACGAAUGCAAGCACAUUCCCCGCUCUUGUCUCUAAAGGCUGCUUGAUCAUCUCUGACGAGCUCAACCAUGCGUCAAUCCGCCUUGGUGCGCGUCUUUCUGGUGCUGUCAUUCGCUCGUUCAGGCAUAAUGACAUGACUGAUCUCGAGAAAAAACUCCGGGAAGCUAUUGCCCAGGGGCAACCUCGUACACAUCGUCCAUGGAAGAAGAUCUUAGUUGCGGUCGAAGGUCUGUAUUCUAUGGAGGGUACUAUGGUCGAUCUACCAGGUGUUUUGAACCUGAAGGACACCUACAAAUUCCACCUGUACGUUGAUGAGGCACACAGUAUUGGCGCCCUCGGACCUCGAGGUCGUGGUGUGUGUGACUACUUUGGAAUAGACCCAAGCCGAGUGGAUAUCCUUAUGGGCACUUUAACUAAGUCAUUUGGCGCCAACGGCGGAUACAUUGCUGCGGACAAGGUGAUUAUUGAUAAGUUGAGGAGCUCCAACGCUGCGACGAUGCUCGGAGAAUCUCCUUCGCCUGCUGUAUUGAUGCAGAUUUAUGCGUCUUUGAAAAUCAUCACUGGAGACUUGGUGCCUGGUGAGGGCGAGGAACGACUACAGCGUAUCGCUUUCAACUCGCGUUAUCUCCGCCUCGGCCUCAAGCGACUAGGUAUGAUAGUAUACGGCCAUGACGAUUCCCCCAUCAUCCCAAUCGCUCUGUACAACCCUGCCAAAAUCCCUGCCUUCAGCCACGAGAUGUUGAAGCGUAAGAUCUCGGUUGUCGUGGUAGGCUACCCUGCCACUCCCCUAAUUAGCUCACGCGCUCGCUUCUGUGUUUCCGCUGCGCAUAACAAGGACGAUCUCGACCGGCUUCUCGCUGCCUGCGAUGAAGUGGCGAGCAUCCUGCAGCUCAAGUUCUCCACUGGCAUUGCGGGUGGGCUAAAGCCACUUCCCGAAGGCGUAACCCCGGAAACCGAGGCGGCGUGGCGCAAAGCAAAUGGGCUCAAGGCUGUUGAGCCGCCACGUUGGUCACUUGAGGAUGUUGUUGCUCGAGGUGCUACAGAUGCGAAAUUGAGACUCCGAUAGCCGCCAAUUCUUGACUUUUUAAGCUUCGGAAAAACUUGAAUUCA